AUGGUGCUGAUGAAGAUGAAGUUCCCUUUUGAGAAGAGAAUGAAGCUGGCCCAGGGGCUGUGGCUGCUCUCCUGGAUGGCCACACUGGCCGGAGCGUUGACUUUCACCCUGGGCUGCUUCCUCAAGACCGAGCUCCGCAGGAGGGCAGAGGUAAUGGAUAACACAGAGAUUCAUGCUGUGCCCAACACCCUGAUGAUAGUGGGUCUGGCCUCUCUGGGUAUCAACUACUUUGCUGGCCGUAUGUGCCAGGAUGCCCUGGAUGCCGGACGCUUCCCCCGCUGGAAGACCUUCCUACAACCCUACUGGGGAGUCUCCCUCUUUUUCACACUCCUCAUGCUGUCGACUGUGAUCAUGAGCUACGCUAUGAAGGGGAAUCUGGAGUGGUCCCUGAAGAUCGGCCUGAAGAACGGCAUCCGAUUCUACAAGGACACAGACACACCCGGCCGCUGCUUCCAGAAGCAGACCAUUGACCACCUGCAGAUGGAGUUCCAGUGCUGUGGAAACACCGACUUCAAGGACUGGUUCGAGGUCCAGUGGAUCAGCAACCGCUACCUAGACUUUAGCUCUAAGGAAGUGAAGGACCGUGUUAAGAGCAACGUGGACGGGCGUUACCUGUUUGAUGGGGUCCCUUUCAGCUGCUGCAACCCCAGUUCCCCAAGGCCCUGCAUCCAGGACCGCCUCACCAACAACUCAGCCCACUACAACUACGAGCACCAGACCGAGGAGCUCAACAUCUACAUCCGCGGCUGCAGGGAGGCUCUGGUCAAUUACUACAUGGGCCUGAUGAACACUAUUGGUGCUGCGGUGCUGUCCAUCUUCCUGGUCCAGUCAUCAGUGUUGGUAAGUCUGCGGUACCUGCAGACAGCCAUGGAGGCGGUGGCAGGGCAGGAGAACACUGAGAUUGAGACAGAGGGCUACCUGCUGGAAAAAGGGGUGAAGGAGACGAUCAUGGAGUACGUGACUCCUGUGCUGGUUUUUCUUCAGCUGAACCAGGUGGGAAGUGAAGACGCUGAAGCUGGGGAGACCCCCGCCAAAUAA